CCCUUCAAAGUCUGAACAUUUGCCUUUUGAGUUUUGGCUUUGUCCAAAUUCAAAACUUUUGAAAGUAAACAAGCCUUCCAAAUUGAUGCAACUUCGGAAAUUGGGUGGAACCUUUCAAACUGGAUCCUCGUAA